CAUGCGGUUCCUGUAAUUUCAGGUGUGGUGGAGCUGAACCCUCCAAAGCCUCCAGUUUCUGAGGAACCACUUGAGGUUGGAAGCUUUACCAGGACAGCCACUGGAGAGAGUUUUGAGGUGGCUUUUACAGGCUUAACCCCACCAAAUUUCCCCCCUAACAGAAUCACAGAUUUGAGUGCUGAGAUCCAGGAGGACUCUGUGUUUCUCAGCUGGACGGCUCCUGGUGAGGACCUCGACUAUGGGACAGCUAAAUCCUAUGAGAUCAGGUGGAGCUUUGACCUUAAAGAGCUUCGAUUCAACUUCAGCAGUGCUCACGUAUUCAACACAUCUGCUGUCUCACCGCAGGAGGCUGGAUCAGUUGAACAGCAUUCAUUCAAUCCUAAUAUCACAAUCCAAAAUGGCACCACAGUCUUUUUUGCUGUUCAGUCUGUGGAUAAAGUGAAUGUAAAAUCUGAAAUCUCCAACAUUGCUCAAGCUUCAAAGAUGCUCCCUGGUCCAAAACCCACAGACAUGCCAGGUCUAGACCUGAAGGUGAUGUUUAUUGCAAUUUCUGUUUGUCUGGCAACUGUGAUGAUUAUCGGUAUUAUUGCGAUAACAACAUGGAAGCUGAGUCGAAGAAAACUUUCUGGUUCUUAGACUACAACUAACAUUAAUAUCUGAUGCAAAGAAAAUCUUACUUUGCAGAAUUUUCUUUAGUUGUACACCAUAUGCUUGGCAAAAAUAUAAAAUGCAAAAUACAGUUUGGUAAAUUGUGCUUAGAUUUCUUUAUAUUGGAAAUGUUUGUGUUCUAUAGAGGCAUAUAA